AUGGUAGCCGGUUCUAGCUCCAGACCAGCCGUUGCAUUUUCCUCCGUCCCUGCGUACGAGCCACCUGUCCAACCUGUCGCCUCUCCUUCGUUCGCUGUUGAUCUCAACGGGAGUGUAGGCGACGAGGUCGGAGAAGGGGAAUAUCCGUGGACCUCUUUACAGUGUGUUGUACCGGCUGGGGUUGGAGAUGGAUUCUUGGAUGAUCCAGAGGACGAUGAUGUCGAGCCGGAUAUGAUUACUGAUGACAGUGGCGAUGAUGCUGGACCAAGUGAGCCUGCUGGGGCGGGCGGUAGUUCUAGCUCUGGCACGCAGCAGUACCCUCCACAUUUUUCCUCUUUGGACUUGGAUGCCAUGAGGCAGGAGGGGGUACCUGGGCAGCCGGCUGAAUUUGGCGCUAGAGAUGCUGAAGGGUCUGCAGGUCUGACAGAGUUUCAGGUUGGUCAGCAAUUUUCGGAUAAAGAAGAGGCCCUCUUAAGUGUCAAGACUUACAGCAUCCGUCGAGGGGUACAGUACAAGGUCGUGGAAUCUGACUAUCGCCUGGCUGAUGCAUCCGUCAGCAUCAAGGUGCUCCUAAAUGCCACCGCCACACACUUUGGGUUUAGGCCGACUUACAGGAGGGUCUGGUUGGCGAAGCAGAAGGCUGUUGCCCUCAUCUUUGGUGACUGGGAUGAGUCGUACAACGAACUCCCAAGGUGGGUGUUAGGAGUCCAGUUGACGAUGGCUGGUACUGUUGCAGUCCUAAAGACGAGCCCUGUUCGUGUCGGUGGACAGUUGGACGAGUCUCGAGCUUAUUUUCACAGACUAUUCUGGACGUUUCCACCGUGUAUCGAGGCAUUCCAUCAUUGCAAGCCCCUAAUUAGUAUUGACGGCACCCAUCUGUAUGGCAAGUAUGGGGGAACGUUGCUUGUCGCGAUUGCACAGGACGGGAACUCCAACAUACUCCCUGUUGCAUUCGCAUUAGUCGAGGGUGAGAAUGCUGAGUCGUGGUCCUUCUUUCUCUCCCACCUGCGUGAGCAUGUGACACCGCAGCCGGGUCUGCUGGUUAUCUCGGACAGGCAUAACAGCAUCAAGGCCGCGCUUGAGGCUCCUGACGGAGGCUGGUUACCUCUGUCUGCAUAUCGGGCAUUCUGCAUUCGACAUGUUGCGACAAAUUUUGCUCUCACCUUCAAGGGCAAAGACGCAAGGAGGCUACUUGUGAAUGCGGCGUACGCUAAGACCGAGGUUGAGUUCCAUUACUGGUUUGAUAUUCUUAUGUCCGAAGACCCGGCAAUGUGUGACUGGGCGAACCAGAUUGAGUAUUCGUUGUGGACACAGCAUUGUGAUGAGGGGCGUAGAUUCGGACACAUAACGACGAAUAUAUCUGAGUUUGUGAACUCGAUCCUCAAGGGUGUACAAAACCUUCCUGUGUGCUCGCUAGUGAAGGCAACAUACGGAAGAUUGGCCGAAUUAUUUGUUUGCAAAGGGAGAGAGGUUGAGGCGCAGAUGGGAACCGGACAACAAUUUAGUCAGCACUUGGUGAAGUGUAUAGAGGCCAACUUGAAGACGGCUAGGUGCUUCACGGUUACUGUGUACGACAGAGAUAACUCCGAGUUCACCGUCGCAAAGACAACUCCGACUGGUUCUUUCUCACUAGGUAGCUACAGAGUCUCGCUUGCAUCUCAGACAUGUGACUGUGGAUACUUCCAGGCACUUCAUUUCCCGUGUCCCCACGCACUGGCAUGCUGUGCCUACUCACGGCUUACAUGA